UCUGUUUUAUUUAUCUUUUCUAGAACUAAAAUACAUCACCAUGCCAAAGAAGAAGACAGGUCAGAGGAAGAAGGCCGAGAGGCAAAAGGCCAGGCAGAAGGAACUGAGAAAAGCUAGGGGUAAUCGCCCAUUAGCAGACUUGCCUUGUAAUUCAGUCAUGGAAUGCGACAAAUGUCAGCGACGCCAAAAGAAUAGAGCGUUUUGCUAUUUUUGCCAGUCUGUACAACGUUUACCCCAGUGUGCACAUUGUGGGAAGGUCAAAUGCAUGCUCAAGACUGGUGACUGUGUAAUAAAGCAUCCGGGAACUUUCACUACUGGUCUUGGUAUGGUUGGUGCCAUUUGCGAUUUCUGUGAAGCAUGGGUUUGUCAUGCUCGGAAAUGUCUACAAACUCACGCUUGUACGUGCCCCCUUAUGAUGCAACUUGCAAUGAAUGUGAGAGAGAU